UGAUACACGUGAACCCCAAACCCAAACUUUCUUUUUCCUUUUCCUGACGUGUAUGACUAUCAGUGCAGGCCACUUUAUAAUAAUAAUAAUAAUAACAACAACAACAAUUAUAGAUGUUUUCAUAUACAGAUAAAAUAAAAUACAAAAAUGGGUGUGAUGAAGAAAAUAAUGGAGGAUGAGGAGAAAUGGAAGAAGAAUAAGUUGAUAUGCUGCAGGCUGUUCAUCUCAGAAUCACGCAACCGUAAGGUUCUUGAGGCUAUUGAGAGAGCUGGUGGUGGCCUGCUGAGCAAGAGCAACAGUAGAGACGAAGAAGAAGAAGCUGUAAUUGUGAACAAGUUAGAGGACGAAGCUUACAAUCGUGUAAGAUACACAAUCGUUUCGUAUUGUUAUUACGACGUCGUUAAGGGUCGCGUUUGUAGUCCGCUUCGGCAGACAGUGAUGGCCAUGGUGGAGGCUGCUUUCGAGGCCAUAAACUUGGAGACUCAUUUGGGAGCUUACCCUCGUUUGGGCGUCGUCGAUGAAAUUCUUUUCCAUCCUUUGCCCAACGCCCAACUUCAUCACGCUGCUAUGCUUGCCAAGGCUGUGGCUCUCGACGUCGCCACUAAACUUCAAGUGCCAAUAUAUUUAUACGGUGCAGCACACCCAACGGGGAAGGCCAUUGACAUCAUCAGACGAGAGUUGGGUUACUACACGCCCAACUCCCCGGGCAACCAAUGGGCUGGGUGGACUAUACCCGAAGUUCUACCGCUCAAGCCCAAUGAAGGCCCAAUGUCCAUAUCCAAAGAAAGAGGGAUCUCAAUGAUUGGGGCACGGCCAUGGAUUGGGUUGUACAAUAUACCCAUUAUGACCACAGAUAUCUCUGUGGCUCAAAAGAUAGCAAAAAUGGUGAGUGAGAAAGGAGGUGGGCUUCCCACUGUACAAACUCUGGGCCUAAUUCAUGGUGAAGAUUACGCUGAAAUAGCUUGUAUGCUCUUAGAGCCCAAUAGGAUUGGAGCAGAUCAGGUCCAAAACCGAGUAGAAAUAUUGGGGGCCCAAGAAGGAUUGCAAGUGAAGAAGGGAUACUACACUGAUUUUUCAGCUGAAGAGAUUGUUAAAAAGUAUAUCAAUAUAAUCUCGACCAAAAAAGAUUCGACACAACAUAACCGUGUUGUAAAACAAAGGUCCAGAUUAUAGGACCUCUUUAUCAGCUUCAAUGUUUUUUAUUCAAUAAAGAAAAGUGAAGCUGGAUUAUGGAUUAUGUCUUCAUUGUUGUUUAAUAACUUUGGGAUCAAAAUCGUACAUUGAGGGAUAAUUAGAGGUAUUUAAGAAAUCUACAGUUUGUUUAUCAAAAUCA